AUGAACCUAUAUCCGGUAAGCAAAGAGUCUGGAGAUCUUAACUCGUCGUGUUCCUGCGCACCAUGUGAACGCAGCCACACUUCGUCUGCUACGCGGGGCCUCUCCUCGUCUUGUGUGCAGUACUUUCUCGGUUUGCACCAUGCGCCGCUCCAGCCGCUUCCUCAACUCCUCCGCCAGCUUCUCUUCCGCACUCCUCCGUCAUGCCGCCGCGGGCCGUCUGCCUCUUCCGAAGCCACGGCGGCGCGGCGAGGCCCUCGGCCUGUCCCCCCCCCUUGGGCGGAGGCGCCGAAUCUCUCGCGCAGCACAGAGCGCUCUUCUUCGGCGGGCGGCUCCCGAGAAACGCGGACUCGUGCGCUGACGCAAAGUUCAUCUUCCACAGUGGCUGUGCCCUCUGCCGCGCUCGACGCAAAGGCGCCGCAAACGGCAGGAGCCGACCCGCGUGCAUGCGGCCCGUAUCUCGGGGUGCGUGCGUCGCAUCACCACACACUCUCGGAGACGCAGGCGUCUGUUGGGCAGCGCGACGCGCACACCGCAGCCAGGCAGAGCCCUGGCGCGGGACAGACGAGGAACUUGCGCGAGAAUGCGCACCGCCGAGACAUCGACGGCGAGGCUUGGCGGGCAAGAAGCAGCGACUGGAGCGCGAGAGGCCCGCGCGCGCCGCCGCAGAGGAGGCGUGACGAUCUGCGGAGGCCGAUCGUGAGCCCAGGAGAGAGGCGACAUCCUGGGGUGGAGCGGCGUCCGGCGCACGCCGUCGAGUCUGCGCCCGAUCCUCGACCGGGGGGAUGCGCCCACUCGACGCGACGCCCCUCCUUUUCGCCGUCGUCUACCCCCUCGUCGGCCCUCGCUUCUUCGCCUUCGCGGUCUGAGACUCUCCCUUCCGAGUUUGCUUCCGCAGUCCAGCUGCUCAUAGCCCAGCUCCCCAGCCUGCAGCGGGACGCCGCGCGGGGCCCAGGGCUCCGCUCUCGGCGCGCGGCUUUUUCCUGUCGGGCGUCUGCGGCUCGCGAAGGCCGCUCGCAUUCGCCUCCUCUCUCCGUCCGCGACUUGGAGGAAGUUGCCGAGUGCGUUCUGCUUUACGUCAGGUGGAUGAGCUUUUCGCAGCUGGUUCGCGCGUUGGCGGACUUCACGUCUCUAGCAAAAGCUGUCCCUCAAUUUUCUUCCUCCUGCCUAUUCCCAGCCUCGGAGUUGGCGCCCUACGCACACCUGCUGCCUCUCAGCGCCUCGCCGCCUCCGUUGUCGAGACUGUCGUCGCGUCUUCCUCCCGCGGACUCGAGGGCGCCGUCAGGCGCCUGGCCGCUUCUGCCGGCGCGACUGCUGCGCGCCUCCGGGGGCGCGCCCGACUCGGCUGCUGCAGCAGAGGCGUGUUCGCCUUCUUCCUCCACCCUCAAAGGGUCCGACGACGCGCUGGUGCGCUGCGCACUGCUGGCGGAGGCGCUGCGAGAUGUCCCUGAAGAGUCCUCUAGAGUGACGCAGCUCUUCCGCCUCGCGUGCACCCGCGCGAUCGCUCUUCUCCGCUCGCCUUCGGCUCCCUCUGCGGCGGCGCCGCCUCGGGGUUUUCCGUCUGCCGGCGAGCGGGUGGAAGACCUCUCACUGGCGUCAGUUUUGGUUCUUCUUCAAACCGUUCUCGCGGGCCUCUCGCUCUGCGCGCCGUCGCUUUUUCGGCGCGUCGCCGGCCGCUUGGCGGACGAUGCACUCCUCGACGACGCCCCGCCGCGCGAGUGCGCCUUGCUGCUUCAUCUUUUUGCGAAGCACGAGCUUCAGCUCGAAAAGCGAGGCCUGACGCCGGCACAGCGACCCGUUCGCCGCCAGGCUGAGGAGACGAGCUGCUGGCUACGAGGUGCCUGCUUCGAGGGAACGCCUCGCGAGGAGACGCCCGAGAGACGCCGCGCAGAAGGCUCGCAGUCGGCGCCGUCGCCUGGGGCUCGUCUGUUCGCCGCGCCUUUGCCUGCGAGUGUGCAGACGUUCGCGCCGCCCGCGGGUCUCGGGUCUUCUGCGGCGGUCUUCUGCGCGGAGCGGACGCUGCUUCGGGUUUCCUUGGCUGACCUCGGAUUUGAACAGGCUCUCGCGCUUCCGCUCUUCCCGCUGCCGGCGUCUCCGCUCUCGUCUCCGCCCGUGCUCAGGCUCUUUCGAAGAGUCGCCGCUCGUCUGUCGCUGCUGCAGCAGCGCCACUCCGCCGUCUUCAGAGACGUGGACCGGCUCCAGGGCCUCCUCGCGGAACUGCAGGCGAAGCGGGAGGCGGCGUGGAUGCCGGCGCACCAGCGCGACGCCGGAGAAGACGAAGCACGUCGGGCAGGCGACACAGAGACACCUAGCGGCGGAGACACCAGCCGAAACGGCAACGGCGCGGGACUGGCGGAGGCAUCCGACGGCGCGAGAGACUGCAGAGAUCUCGAGGCCGAGGCGAGAAGCCUGUCGGAGCGAAUCGCAGCGUUGACGGCGAGCGAAAACCUUCUCGUUCUCAACGGCCAGGAUCUCUGCAUGAUUCUCGAUGCGUACCUCAAAAUGCGGCUCCUCGAUGUUCGGUUGUAUAGCCAUUUGGUGACAUCGUCUAUUCGAAAUCUUUUACACAGCGCGCGUCAACCUCCGGCCCUAUUCCCGCUCACUGCUUCACGGGCCUUGGGGUCUUCGUGCUCGUCGUCGUAUCCGGAUCUGCUUUCCGCUUCUCUGCCGUCGUCUCUGGGGUCGGCGAGUUCCUCAAUGCCUCUUGGUCUCGCUGAAAAAGAGCGACGGUGCACGGGGAGAGACUUGGCUGCGAUGUAUGGACACCUCGUGGGUUUGCUGAAGCUUCUUGAGGACACCCAGACGCAGGCCGUGCCUUGCUCACUCUCAGGCGCUGCGCCGCAUCAGGGAGAACGAGCAGAGCUCGGUCGCGCCUACGCUGCGUCAGCUGCUGCAUCGUCUGCUUUGUCUUCUGCAUCCCCGUCAUCACUGUGCCGCGCUUCAUCGCCACUCACUUUGUCUCAUGUGGCGUCUCCUGCCUCUUCCUCUGAGCCGGGCGUUCACUCUCCGUUCUGUCGUUCCCCUUCUUCGUCUUCGUCUUCUUCCUCUCUUUCUUCGUGUUCCUCUGCGCCGCCGCAGCCCGCCGCGCCUGCGCAGCGCGCCGCCGCUGCGCCAGUCCUUUUUUCUCGGAUUCUGCCACUUCUUGUGGAGGAUCUUCCGCGUCUGCUGAAGCGCGAGCGUCUAAAGAGCCUCCACCCGCACAGCUUAGUUGCACUCGUACACGGCGGCAGCGAACUGCUGCGCUUCGUGGCGCGGCUGCCCGCGCCCGAAUUCGAGGCUGUGACCCGACUAUUAGCCGAGGAGCGAGGCGAAGGCCGACCGCCGCGCGCGACAACACGGGAUCGCGAAGGCAGCGGCUCGCGCGCGGGGCUCUGCGGCGUGGUAUGGGAGAGGAUCGAGGCGAUCGAGCGAGCCCGGGGGACAGGGCGCGGAGGUGGGGACGGACAAGGCCCACUGGGCGACAUGCUCGCUGGGUGCCACGCGCGGAUUCUGGACUCCGCAGUCCAAUUCGAGCCUUCCCACAUCUCGGUGCUUCUCGCCGCGUACGCAGACUUGGAUAGACUCGCGGCGUCGUCGUCGCCGGUCGCCGCCGGUGGGUACGGCGUGAGCGAGACCGGCGGGAAGGAGACGGGCGCGCGCGCAGGCGCACAGGGGACGCUCGGCCUCGCCGACUUGCUGCGCUCACCGUCCUUCAUCUCGAGAGCCUUCGAAGUCCUUCCCAAGUUCCGCGACUCCCACCGCUACGCCACCUGCCUCCGCUCGCUGUCUCUCUUCCUUGCUAGCGCCGGUGCGCCCGCCCCUGCGCGACCCUCGCCUGCAGCGUCCGUGCUCCCCCCCGCGCGGCUUUCGCUGCCGCCUCCAGGCCGAGCGGCGCGGAAGGGGACAGCUGCAGGCCCCAUGAGACGCGUGUCGAAAGGGGAAGACCUCCGAGCGGGACAGAAGGGCAACGAGUUCCAGGGGAGAGCGAAGGCGGCGCGCGGCAGCGCAGCGAAGCCACAGGAGCAGCCGCCAAGCUCUUCGAGGUACGCGACACAAGACACCAGCCAUGCACUGCUUCGCCAGAUUGUCGAGCAAGAGGUCUUCUGGAGGACGCCCUGGAGAGGCAAGGAGAUCGUCACUGCAGCUGGCGCUGUCGCGCGAGCUGCGCCGACGCUUUUUCUUCUUUCGCCGUCGCCUUCGCCGGCGCCCGCGCCUCGCUCUGUAGCCGCAGGCGCGUCGUUGCCUCUCUUGUCAAAUUUAGUCUCCUCGAGCCUCCGCCCGUCGCCUGCUGCGUCCGACGAGGUCUCCGGGCGAGUCUGCAGCGACGGCGUGUGCGCCGCGCAGGAAGCGAGCGGACGCGAAGCCCGGCAAAGCGAGGCCGAAGAAAGAGACGAAGACGCAGAGGAGGAGGAGGACGACGGCUUUGGUCUCUUCCACAGUCUCUCAACUCGAGGCGCUCCCGACGCGUCCCUCGAGGACCGGACCCUCUCUGCCUUGCCUGCUUUCUCACCGGCGGGAGCGUCGCCCUGGCCGCCUGCUGCGUCGCUGCCUCAGGCUUCGUGUGCAUCCUCCGCGUCUGUUCCCUCCGCUUGUGUCGCCUCCGCUUCUGUGUUUAGCGACUUCAAUGCAAGCAAGACUGCAAACGCGAGUCCGCGGCGGCAGAUCGACGCUGGAUCUCCAUCGCUGGAUCCUUCUGCAGGGUUUUCCGCGGCUUCCGGGCACACCCUGGCGCGCGCGCGGCCUGACCUGGCUGAGAUGCAAGCGACAGACGCGAGACACUGUGUGGUCAGUUCAUUCUUCUCUUCGCUCGCUGCGUUCCUCCUCGAUCUCAAACCCGCCGGCGCGCCUUCCUCCCGGCCUCACGUCGACGUUUUUGGCGAGCUUCUGGAGUCUCAGAAUCGUCUCACGGCGUCGCUUCAGCCCCUCUCGGCUCUGCCUGGCCCCGUACACUCCGCCAAAGCUUCGCGUGCAGCACCGCGUGCGGCUUUCUCGCGCCAUCCCUCUGCGUCUCAACCUUUCCCUGGCGCCUCUGGAGACCUCACGCUUCCGACAAAAACUCUCGAUGCGGUCUGCUGCUCAGGCUCGCUUCUCGCGAUGCUCAUCGAUGCGCUGGCUGCGGGUGCGGCCGCGCUUCGCUUGCGCGCGCUUCACUCUCCCUCCGUGGCGCACCUGGGAUUUCCCACGCGAGGCGCAAAACUGAGAGAGGAAGACGGCGAAGCAGACGAAGAGUCCGAAUGGAAGGACAUGGACGCCUGCAACGAAGAAAGCGGAGAGAGGAGAGGGGCGAGCGCGCGCGCCUCCGCGUUCACCAGCCCGAGAGACCUCGAAGAGUUCGCGCAGCGUCAUUACGAUCUGAUGCUCCUGUUGCAGACCAGCGGCAAUCUCGUGGCUUCGCGGCACGCCAGAGAUCUGUCUCUCUUGGACAUUGCGACGCUGGCGCACGCAUUUCUUCGUUCGCCCGCGCUCCUCAACCUCUUCCUCACCCCUCUGGCUUCGCGUUCUACGUCCGUGCUCGCUCCUGCGUCGUCAACUCUCUCUUCUUCCUCUUCACGGGCGCUGACUUUGUCUUUGGCUGACUUGCCGCCGGCGUUGGCUUCUUCUGAGGGGCUCACGGCUUCGCCGGCAACGCCGGGCGACGGCGGCGUGCCUCCGCAUCCUCUGCUGCUCUCGCUGUGUCUCUCAUUUCUGUUGAGGACGCGCGAGUCGCCUUCCUUGCGACUCUCUCCGCAUCCUGACUCGCGCGCGCUAGCCGCCGCGUCUCCCUUUUCUGAGGACUUCCGCGCGUCGGUGGACGCUGUGAGGCCGUUUGUAUCGAUGCAGGGACUCCGCCUCACGGCUUCUGCGGCGCUCUUUGCGGCGCUCUCGAAGGCCGCCGCGAUGGAGGCGCUACCGCCUGCGGCGCGUUACACGCGGCCGCCGCGCCGCAGAGCGGACGCGGCGUGCGCAGGAGCUGCGGAGGCAGCGGGCGGCACACUGCAGAGACGAGAAACGAGACUCGAGCAAAGGCAGGGAGGAGCCAAGGGCGGAGGACGCACGCGCGAGAGGCGAACCCGAAGCUUCACGCAGACGGCAGGCGACACGGGCGAGGCCUCUCAACCGACCUGGCGGGUGAGCGACCGGCUGACCCUCGACGCGGGAGAGGUCGCCGAGCAAGGAUGGCGAGAGGGAGGCGAGUCCGGAGGCGAAGCCGCAGACAAGCGACGCGUGUCGGGAGGAGAGAGGUCUCCGAGCUGGGCGUCGGCAUACCGCCAGACUCUUGCACACCUCGCAACGCGUCAGCUGAUUCGAGAGCUCACGCACGCGGUGCGCGUCGCGACUCAGGACGUGUCUCGGAGUUCUUCGAGCGCCGCCUCGAGUCACGCAGGCGACGCUGCGCGCCAGACGCCCGGCAGGUCAACCGACGCAACUCUCGCGCAUCGCCUCGCCUCUCUCGCGGCGCUCUCUGCGCUCUUCCAGCAGACUGCGCUCGCAGCUGCUCGCGCACUGACGUGUCUGCUUGCCGCGCCCGCCUCGUGGGCGUCUUCCCUGCUCCUCGAGGCUCCUCGCCCUCUCGCGUCUCCGCGCGUCUCCGCGUCUCCCUCGUCGUCUCUCCUCGGAUUUCCUCAGGCGGAAGACCGCGGCGCGCAGGAACACGGCGCGGGCGAGUCCGCUGCGCACGAGGAGAAGAACGACGCGCCGAGCGGCCCGCGGACGCAGCCGGUCGUCGAGGACUACGUCGCGCUGCUGCUGGCUCUCGAAGACCUCAGCGCCGCGCUUAUCGGCAGCUAUGCGCACCUCUCCCGAGCGCGCGCCUCCUCGGCUGCGCUGCUGUUCCGGAUAAGCUCUUCGGCCGGCACAAGCGAUGCGCCGGGAGCCUCCGCAGCGCCCUCCUGCUGCGCGUCGCCAGUGCCGCUGGCGUCCACGAGGGUCGCGCACUCUCCGGAUCUCGUUCCAGCUGCCCUCUCGGCUCGCCAGAAAACGCAGGUCGCGGAAAGCUUGAUCGACGUGCUGCUGGGGAUCGAGGCGCUGCUGCGCCUUUCGCGCCACCCGCUGCUGGCGAAGAGAAUCAAAGUGGAUGCCGUCUUCCUUGAGGGCGAUUGCGAGGCAGGCGACGCGUCCUGCACGGCGGAAUGCAGACAGAGACAGGCAGCCUGUGCGUGGCUCGCGAGCGCCAGAGAGACGGUCGACGCCCAGCGCAGACUCCGCGCGCAGGCCGAAAACGCGAGGAGAGCUCACUCCGCACUCGAAUCGCCCCCCUCAAGUCGCCGCGCGGAGCGCGACGCGGGAGAGCUCGACAGCGCUGCAAGAGCCAAAGACGAAGAGAUCAACGAAGACCGGGAAGGAAAGAACUUUGAAAAGUUCUACGAGAAUCGAGUCGGGCGACUUCUAGACGAGGCUGCAUACGAGCUCGAGGCGCUUCUCGUAUCCUCGUCGGCGGCGUCGCCUACUCUGCGGCGCGACUCCGGGGGAUGCGCGAUGACACAAAAGGAAACUCAAGCUCUCCGCAGCGGUCAGACACGCGCCGAAGAUCUCGAGCGAGGAGACCUGCUCUUCGCGCCGAUCCGGUCCUCGCGGCUAGGCCUCUGUCUCCGCGCGCUUGACACAGGGCGCCUUCGCGAGCGCGCCGUCCUCCUCCAGGCUCUCAGCGACCGUCUCCUCGCGCGCGCGGCUGCUUCCCUUGCCGCCUCGAGUGCCCUUAGACGGCCUCCGCAUCUCGGUGGCGGCGCGGCUUCCGCCGCGGCUUCUUCGUCGCGUCCUUUUCCGCGCCUGUCUCUUUCCUCUGCGGCACCUACUCGCGCGGGCCCCUGUCAUGAAGACCUGCCUACCCAGGCGCCGUCGCUCAUCGCGAGGGAGCUGCAGCGACCUGAGCGCGCGCUUGAUCUGAUUCCGAGCGACUUGUGUGGCGUCCUGAUGGCGGCUGCGUCGCUCGCAGCCUGUUCGCCGGAGCUGCUUUCCCGCUUUCUGAUCUGCGCCCUCGGCGGAUCAUCGGCGCCUCUGCGAGCGGCUUUUUGGACUCCUCCUCAGCCGCCGCGGAUCAACCUUGCCUUGAGACACACGCUGCAGUUCCUCCACGCCUCCACCGUGGUCUUGGCCGUGCCCCAGAGGCCGUUGACGCGCGUGUCACUCAGCGCCGAUCCUCUCCCUUCUUCGUCCUCUCCGCCCGCCCGUUUUGGUGGCUCGCUGCUGCCGCUGUCUCCCCGUUUCUCGCCCUCCGCAGAAGAGUUCAUCUCCCCGCUUCUGCAGUUGCAGCACCGCGCGCUGCUCGCGCACGCUCUCCGGCGCAUGCAGGCCGGGGCGCGCCCGAGAUGGCGCGCGACGCCUGGCGCAGUCACGGCGGCGACGGAGCUCGAGAGCGCCACCGCCGCUGCAGAGAGCCUCGAUUCGCAGGGAAAUGACGAAGGCGUUGCGGAGCGCGACAGGAGGGAGAGAGGCGCGAUCGACGCAGCCAACUCCGCAGACGAGAUGGCCGUCCAGCACCUGCUUCUCGCUCUCCGCGCCGCGAUCCUCGGAGUCAUCGACUCUGCCCAGCCUCAGGGAACAGGGACGGAAUAUCUGCGGGCGCUUCCGCUCUCGACGCUGCGCGACGCCCAGGCGUUUGUGCACGACGUCUCCCCGUUCCUCGCGGCGCGCAACCCGAAGCAAGAAGACGUCCUCUGGCAGGCGUCCGCGCCUGUCGCCUCUUCGGCUUUCUCCGCUCCGCUCUCCACGUCCACCUUGUCGCUGACGCCGCCUCCGUCUCUGCGCGCGUCGCCGCCUCUCGACACGUCCUCCGCCGCGCUCGCGCCCGCUACGCAGUCUCUCGAUGGCGCCUGGGCAAACGCCUCCGCGCCGCGGACGCUCGACGUGGAUGCGGAGGACGUUCUUUUCCUCAAGAGUCUGGCUGAUGUGUCGCGUGUGCCGAAUUCUCCGUCGGCGCGCUGGUCGCGAGGCCUCGCGCUUGCCUCUCUGCGUCCGCUCGAGCUGCAAAGCGAGACUAACUACGCGUCGCUGUCGCCUUCUUCCUCGCUGUCCUCCGCGGCGCCUCCUCGUUUCGCGGCUUCUGCGUCUUCUCAGUCGGCGUUCCCGCGUUCUCAUCCCCUGCCAAAGAGCUCGCGGUAUCAUGCCGAUGUCAGAGACAGCCUCCGGCGCGUGCUUCUCUCGGCGCUCGUGGACGAAGAGCGCGGCCGCUUCGCGACGCUCUCCGCGUCCAGCUUUCCGCCGCGCGUCGCUGAGCAAGCAGGACCGCCAGAGGCAUCCGAGGGGGCGAAGGAGGGGAGCAGCCGUAGCAGCCCCGCCGCACGCGAGCAAGGAGACGCGGAGACACGCGAGAAGACUCCACGCCCUGCGCCCACAGACGCAGCGGAGGAGGCGGCGAAGGAGCGACGCCCAGGGGCUGUCGCGGCUGAGGGCCGCCGCGCCGCCCACGGCGACCGAGCGGAGGCGCUCACACUCUCAGACGUCGCCGUGUCUUCGGAAGUCCUCGUUUAUCCUUGGUUCAUUGACUUGCUCGUGGCGAAUGCGCCUCCGCUCUACAAAGCGCUGCAGAAAUAA